ACUUCUAAACAUGGGUAGGAGGCGGAGACCAGGAAACAGGAAGUGAAAGUGAGGAGCCGCACCGAAGAGGCCAUCUUACUGUCUCCCGGGAACAUGACCGGGAAGUCGGUUCGUGAUGUGGAGCGGUACCAGGCAGUGCUCUCCGAGCUUCUUUUGCGAGAGGAGAACAAGUUUUGCGCUGACUGUCUGGCUAAAGGUCCACGAUGGGCUUCCUGGAACAUUGGAGUGUUUGUUUGCAUCCGCUGUGCUGGGGUCCACAGGAACCUUGGAGUUCACAUUUCCAGGGUAAAAUCUGUCAAUUUGGACCAGUGGACUCAGGAACAAAUACAAUGCAUGGAAGAAAUGGGUAAUGGCAAAGCAAAGAGGCUCUAUGAAGCAUUUCUUCCAGAUAACUUCAUUCGGCCUCAGACAGAUCAAGCUGUUGAAGUUUUUAUUAGAGAGAAAUAUGAGAAGAAAAAAUACAUGGAUCGCAGUGUGGACCUUAGUGCUUUCAGAAAAGAGAAGGAUACUAAGUGGAAAAAGUCAGAAUCCGCACCAGAGAUAAAAUCUGGACCGGUCAUUUUUGAAAAGGUUAAGCUGCCACAGAAGAAGGAUGAGACACAACAACUUAAAGUCUCCCCUCCCAAGACAGUAGAACCUGUAAUGGACUUGCUGGGCCUCGAUGUUCCUGUUGCGAAUUCUGUUCCUAAUGGUAAGCCCAGCACUAGCUUGGAGAAGGAACUAGACCUUUUUGGAUCUGUUGCACCAAUAUCUAUCUCCAAAUCCAGUCAGCCUGGUUUACCUGGAAGCUCAGGGUCUGUUCCAGAAAACCUCAACCUGUUCCCCGAGCCUAGUGGAAAAUCGGAAGAUGGAGGGAAAAAGCAAUUAUCCAAGGAUUCCAUUCUGUCCUUAUAUGGAUCUCAGGCUCCUCAAAUUCCCGCACAAGCAGGAGCUGUCUUCAUGGCACCAGCUCAGAUGGCAUAUCCAAAUGCCUACCCAGGCUUUCCUGCAGUUCCAUCACCAGGAGGUGUUAUGGGAGGUAUGAUGGCAUCUCCAGUGGGCAUAAUGGCCCAACCAGCACAUCCUGCUAUGGUUGCUCCCAUGGCAGUGCCUGCUGGGUACAUGGGCGGUGUACAAGCAGCUGUCAUGGGCGUCCCAAAUGGAAUGAUGGCUCAGCACACAGGAUAUGUAACUAACAUGGGUGCUGUAGGGCAGCCCAUGUAUCAAAUGCAACCAGGCCAGCAGCUACAGUGGAAUGUUGCACAGAUGUCCCAACAAAUGGCAGGAAUGACCUUUUUUGGUGUUGGAGGAAUGGCAGGGUAUGGACAGCCUUCAUGCAACCAGGGAUCCAACCAGACCCUCAGCACUCCUAUGUGGAAAUAAAAAAGGGCCAUUUCCCAUGAAUCUCAACCUGCUCAACUUCUGUCAGGCUGGUCCUUCUCUCACUAUGGAGGGAACAUCUUCAUUCCAUCCUGGAUCUUGUUUAAGCGCUUCACUUCUCUUAGUUCUGUCACCCAUUAUUCAUUGUUGUCUCCCAGAGACCCAAGGCUUAUUCAGACUGGUCUGCAUUCAGCCUCAUCCCUGCUAUCAAUAUACAACAGCGUAGUAUAAUCAUUUAUUGGAGCCCUUUAAGAACUUCCAGUGGAUGAGCAAGGUCUUUUCACUUAGUAGAAUGACCUCCAAGAUUAAAUAGAGAAACAACAGGGCUAUUUUGCUAUAGGAAAGAGUGGUUUUCCUUCUACCAGCUGAGUAAUUACACAGUGUUAGAGACUUAUUACAGUUCUGCACCAGCAAAACCUGAGCACCGGCAGACAUGUUUGUAUUGCUACCCCCCAGGUUGCACCUUGUAGUCCUCUAUCACUGUUAGGUUGCCUGCUUCCUGGGUGGUUGCUAGUGAUAGGAUGGCAGGCACAGUUGUCUGCAUGCAUAUCUUCACUUUAGUGUAAUGCACACUCAUCGACCCCAAAAUGAAACUCCUAUGUCUGCUGUUAUUUUACAUUCCCAAAGCAUUGUUAUGCUUCUUAGCAUUAGAAAAGCUGUGAUAAUGUGUUCUCAUCUUCUUUCUGCUGAACAGGCCUAUCAGUACUUUGGAUCUAACAGGGUUUGCACACAUGUAAGAGUCUUAAUACAUAUGUUUAAACACCGUCUGUUACUUUUGCAGCUUUUUUGAAGCCCAACCCAUUUUGUGGAUCUGGUGGUUCUAUUAAAAGAAGGUAGUUCUGAACACUGUUUUAAAUUGAAAUCACACUGAGAAAGUGUCCUUUGUCCUUGCCAGUUAUCCACUGUUGGGCCCAAGCACACCCCAACAGCUUUCUGUAACACUGGCACUUAAUUCAUUUUCCAUUGAAAUGCCAUUUUAUGUAUAAUAGUAACUAUAUUAAUAAUGCCAGCAGUAGCCUAUCCUUUAUUACAAACAGGGAUGAUGUUUCACAUCAUUGAAGACACUUUGGUUUUAUUUGUGAAUAUACUCAUCAACCUCUUGUUUUAAAGGGGAAAUGAAUCCUCUGAUACCAAAUAUCAGAUUCAAAUUGCUUUGAGAACUCUAGUUCAAUUCAUGUUAUUUCUUUUCUAGUUUUCAUAAUGGCAAUGUUUACACUGCUUAUAUAAUGGAUUUGAAACGGCAACACUCUGCACUGUUCUGUUUGGCUGGGUAUCUGUCAGAAGACUAUGGGUGGCCACACAUGAGCCAAUAAAAACUGAGAGUGAGCAGCUUAACAGCCUGUGUAUUGGGCCCUUAGACGGGUCUACCUGAUUGAUAUCCAGCUAAAAAUUGGGCAGAUGUCAGCUGGCAGGUUUAAAAACCCCAUAGGGGCAAAUAGCACAUCAGCUUAUCCCAAUGGCCCUUAGGCCAAAUUAUCCGAUCAGUCCAAGGUGGGCAUAACAGGGAAAAAUCUUUUUUGUUUGGGGACUCAUGAGCGAGUCUUUCAGUGUAUGACCACCUUAAGGUACUGAGCAGUGAAGCAUAUCCUGAUGCACUGUGCUCAGUUCUGUCACUGGCUGGCAGAACAGCAGGGGUUCUACUGUUGCUAAUUCAUUAUAUCAGGAGUGUAAAAACUGCUUAUAUCUGGAUUAGAUAGAAUAGUAUAAACUGAAAAAAUACUCAGAGGGGCACUGAGCAAUUUUAUAUUUAAUUUGGAUCUGGGGGUUUACUUUCCCUUUAAUGCCAUAAGACUAAAGUAAUGGCAGCCUGGUUAUCAUUCUCAUCCAAUCACCAUAUUGUUCCUCAUAUUUUUGAAACUAGGAAAAUGUAAGAAUAAAACAGCACGGAUACUCAUGAGUAGGGUGUAGAAAGCUCCAGGCAGCAUGUGCUAAGGAUUAUUUUUAACCCACCAUUCCUCUAAUCACAAAUACCACAGUGCAACAUAAUGUACGUAAGAGAGGUCCAUUUGCAGAACAGGGUUUUCCAGUUAAGGAACGCAUACAGUUUCUUGUUUGUGUGUCGUCUACCUAUCAGCUGAACCAAAUUCCCUUAAAUAAAAGGACUCCGUUUACAGUAUGGAUCUGGGAAAUUGAUAUAAAUCUUCUGAAUGUGAAAUGUUUGCACUUUCUGUAGCUUUAACAUUAUUGUUUUUUAUAUUGUUUGCUAACUUUUAUUGUCAUUUUUGUUUAUUUUCGGGAACCACGCUGCCAAAGGAAGCUGCCGGGCAUUGUAGAGCAAGGCACCGCAGCCCUCUCUGGCAAUGGGUUACAGAUUUUUCCUUUAACAUUGAGAUUUAAGUUAUAUAAACAUUUCUAACGCAGAUAAUCUUACCAGUAAAUUAUAUAUAAUGUAUAUUUUCUUCUUAGCAUCUGUGAACGUUACUCAUGUUGAAUGUUACAGUGUCUUACACAAUAUUUCUCUUUUAUUUUUCAAUGACUAGAGUUGUUCUAUUUUAAAAUGGUCUGUUCAGUGUUUGGCUGUUUGGAGUGGAAGUUGGUAACUAGAAUCCAGAGGCAGCUACACAUCUGUACAUGUACAUUCCAAAUAAAAUACCGUCAUUAAACAUUUAA